AUGGGCACCGUGACAGCUGGCACGCCAGCGAACGCGACAUUGCAAGACCUUACAGGAGCAGGAAUCCCUCGACCGCAUCUGCAUCCGCAUCUACCGGCAGACGAUAUGAGGUUUGGCUUCGUCGGCACGGCCGAGAUGUUCAAGCGUCAACAAGACGCAUGCACUGUCGCAUUUGGUGAAGGAUGGGUGUCGAAUACUUGCACGCCAGGGGCCACACUGUGUUGUGUUAAUCCCAGUCAAGAUCUUCCUCAGUGCAGUCAGUUCUUGAACUUGGGCUGGUGUUGCACUGAAGACGGAGGGUGCUACGCUGAUGUGGCAUCGGCUUGCGGUCAGCCUGGCGCUGUGAGCUGCACUCAGACGGCAGCAGGAGUCAGUCAAGCUUGCUGUCCGCAGAACACUGUCUGCGCACCUGGAUACAAUGCCAGAAAUCGGUGGGCACGAUGUAACAUCAGACAGACAGCUCUUGCCGCGCUUGGGACGACCAGUGUAUCGGGUGCAGCAGUCACCGAAGCCUCGGCGCCCGUGACGUCGACCCUGACCUCGAGAUCGACCUUAUCAGUCACUUCAACUGUCACUCGGUCCUUGGGGAGCACAACCUCUGAUAGCACGUCGUCCGAGAGCACGCCCUCAAGCACAUCCUCUGGAAGCACACUGUCGAUGAACCCAACAGGCACUGCAGCUGCUGCUCAAGGCAUGGAAAAUCCACAGAAUGCUCCGUCCUUAGGUACUGGCGCUAUCGCUGGUAUCGCAGUCGGAGCUGCUGCUGGCGCUUUGCUGAUUGCCGCUAUCGUAUGGUUCUUAUGGCAUAGGCGGCAGAAGUCCGCAGCACAUCUAAAAGCUCCCUGGCCGCCAGUGGAAGUCGAUCCCUUACAAUACCAUGGUCGGACGGACAACAAACGACAGAUGGCAGAGCAGUUUUCUGGAUAUCCGCCUCAGGCGAUGUACAAAGGGUCAGGUAGAUCCGAGCUGGCGGCGGGAAGGGCAGACCCUAGCGAGCUGUCAGCAGAGCGAAUGUGA